CUGCCAGCCCCCCUCUGAACAUGCCCUCCUUCAGACGCACAAUCUGAGCCUGUUCAUGUCAUGACACGGAGCAGCGCAGGACCGAAGAGGUCGAAUCCUGCAAACACCUUGGAUCUCUGCAGAUGCCUCUUCUCCUGAGUCUCCAGCCUGGUUCUUUCUGAAAUAUGCAAUGUUCGCUGGGCUGCUCGGCUCUCUUUCAGCUGCACUUUGUUUUCAUGCUGGCAGCGAGCCACGAUGAGCCAUCCGGCAGAUUCCUCUCCUUUUCCUCUGCUCAAGGUCACUCCUCCCCGUCAGGCUCAGGUCCCUCCAUCGUCCACCCUGUGAGAAUCAGCGCUGAUGGGGAGUUUGUCUCCCACUCCUUGUCUCACCAUUUCAGGAGAGUCAGGCGUGAGCUGCGGUCCGUCUCUCCAGAGGAACAGGUCUAUUACAAGCUCAGUUACAAUGGCCAAACUUUAACAUUCAAUUUGACCAGAAACAACCACCUACUGUCAACCGAAUACAUCAUUGAGAGGAGAAGGAAUGGCAUUUCCAACAGGACUGAGCAUGAUCAGACAGAGGGUAACUCCUGCCACCUCCUGGGCACAGUGGAAGCCCCUGGUGUUAAAGGAACGGCUGCCAUCAGCACCUGCAAAGGACUGAGAGGAUUCUUUUCUCUGCCAGAGGGGCAUUUUUUCAUUGAACCUGUUCAGAAAUCGCUCAGUGAUCCUGCAGGGGUUCCAGAGCCGCACGUUGUCUAUCCAAGAUCCACAAAAGAAAACCAAAGAAGAAAGCGCAGCCUUGAGGCCAAACAGACUCCAGGCUCCUGCGGAGUUCAAGAUGCUUCAAGUGACUCUCUCCAGGUGGAAAAAGAUAGGGAGGAAUGGGAGAGGGAGCAGCAGAGGGAGGGGGCUCAGUCCCGUUCGCAGCGCUCAGUCAGCCGAGAGCGAUGGGUGGAGACCAUGGUGGUGGCCGACUCCAAACUCAUUGAAUAUCAUGGCAGUGAAAAUGUUGAGUCCUACAUAUUUACCAUCAUGAACAUGGUUGCUGGAAUAUUUCAUGAUGCCAGUAUUGGAAAUGCUAUUCAUGUCAUCCUAGUGCGCCUCAUUCUGCUACAAGGAGAUGAGAAAGGAUUGAAAAUAGUUCACCAUGCAGACACAACUCUGUCCAGUUUCUGCGCAUGGCAGAAAAACCUGAAUCCACAGAGUGACACUCACCCAGCUCACCAUGAUCUGGCUGUUCUUAUCACAAGAAAAGAUAUCUGUGCAGGAAUGAACCAGCCCUGUGAGACUCUCGGUCUUUCUCAUCUGUCUGGGAUGUGUCAACCCCACCGCAGCUGCAACAUCAAUGAGGAUUCAGGACUGCCUGUGGCCUUCACUGUUGCUCAUGAAAUGGGCCACAGUUUUGGGAUUCAUCACGACGGCCAAGGGAAUGACUGUGAGGUGGGAGGAAAACACCCUUUCAUCAUGUCAAGGCAACUUUUGUAUGACAGUUCACCUCUUACGUGGUCCUCCUGCUCAAAAGAGUACAUCACACGCUUCCUCGACCGUGGCUGGGGUUUCUGUUUAGAUGAUCGUCCUUCUAAGAGGGAUCUGAGCACCCCUCUGGCUCGUCUUGGUGUCCGCUACACCCCCCUUCACCAGUGCCAGCUCCAGUAUGGUCCAAAUGCUACUUUCUGUUCUGAGGUUGAUAACGUUUGCCAAAUUCUUUGGUGUUCAGUGAAUGGUACUUGUCGAUCAAAGUUGGACUCACCUAUAGACGGUACACGCUGUGGACCAGAUAAGUGGUGUAUUUCUGGAGAAUGUGUAAUUGUCGGUAAACUCCCAGAGACAGUGAAUGGAGGCUGGGGACCAUGGGGUACAUGGUCCCACUGCUCCAGGACCUGUGGAACUGGAGUUCAGUCUGCAGACAGGGAAUGCAACAAUCCCAAGCCAGAGUUUGGAGGCAAGUAUUGCACUGGAGAAAGGAAGCGUUAUCGGACAUGUAACACCAAACCUUGUCAGAAUGAGAAACCGUCCUUCAGAGAAAUGCUCUGCAGUGAAUUUGACACAGUGCCUUACCACAAUGAGCUCUACCAGUGGAUCCCAGUUUAUAACCCACUAAAUCCCUGCGAACUUCACUGCCGACCAGUUAGUGAGUAUUUUUCUGAGAAGAUGCUCGAUGCGGUGACUGAUGGGACCCCGUGCUUCAUGAACGAGUCCAGAAACAUCUGUGUCAAUGGAGUGUGCAAGGAGGUCGGCUGCGACUUUGGUAUUGACUCAAACGCAGUGGAGGAUCGUUGUGGAGUGUGUCUGGGAGACGGCAGCAGCUGUGAGACAGUUUCUAAGACAUAUGAGGAACAGAGAGGUUUUGGGUACGUGGACGUGGGGGUGAUACCUGCGGGCGCCCGAGACAUUCUGGUGAGGGAAGCCGAGGAGGCCGCUAACUUCCUGGCCCUUAGAAGUGUGGAGAGAGACGAGUAUUUCCUCAAUGGGAACUUAAUCAUCCAGUGGAAUGGCGAAUACAAGGCAGGUGGGACAACAUUCUACUACGAGCGCAGUGGAAACAUGGAGAACCUCACAUCACCUGGCCCAACCAAACAGCCAGUAAUGCUUCAGUUACUUUUUCAGGAGGAGAAUCCAGGUAUCACGUUGGAGUACACCAUCAAGAAGAGUAAAGUAACAGAAAAUGAGGUCCCUGAACCUAUUUAUAUCUGGAGACACGGAGCCUGGACACACUGCAGCACCACCUGUGGCCUCGGAGAGCAGCACCAGCCAGUGCUGUGUUUUGAGGUAGACGUGGGUGUCGUGGAUGAGUCGUUGUGUGACCAGGACAGCCGGCCAGAAGACAGACACCGCAGGUGUAAGAAUAUGGAAUGUCCUGCGAGGUGGUGGGUUGGUGGUUGGCAGCAGUGUACAGAAAGCUGUGGAUCAGGAGGAUUGAGGAAGAGAACUGUUCUUUGUGUACGCAAUGUUUCAGGAGAAGAGAGGGUACUCCACCCUGUGGAAUGCAAGCAUCUGCUGAAACCAAAACCUUCUUUACCAUGCAACAGAGAUGUUCCAUGUGGGCAGGAAUGGGCUUUUGGCAACUGGGAGGAGUGCCCUGUCACAUGUGGAGGAGCUGUUCGAUCACGCACCGUGACAUGCACAUUAGCGCCUAAGAUGACCUGUGACCCUUCAACCAAACCCAGGUCCAAAUCACUGUGUGCUUUGCAGAGCUGCCCAAACUCAAGUCUUCACAGACGAUACGGGAUUCCUCCUGCGCACCGUCGUAUUUACCCAAAUAAAACGUAUCCAACUAUACAUCCUAGUUCACCUUCAUUAACAUACAUAAGCUCUACAGCUGUGCCUACAUCAACCACCGAAGAAACUACAAUAGCUACCACAAAAUCCACUUUUAGUUCUCAAGCUACAGUUUCUGAAAUUAUAGACCCCAAUGAUCGUGAGUUUAGUGCUUUGGUGAGGAAAAAUAAAGAUGCAAAAAAGAAGGUUUAUCCCAAAAAGUCAAGUUCAACUGAUAAGAAAAGGAAAGCAAGUGUUAGAGCCAAGGAAAAUAUAGACCUAGAAGAGGGAAGUGCUGAGGAUGGGGGGCUGUACUCCCCAGGAUAUGAUUAUAUUGUGGAGGACAACACGAAAGAAGAAGAGAAGAUUAUUGACCUGGAUUUUUUCACCACGGUUACGUCUCUAACAAGUCUUCUUCAGACAACCACACCAAAACCACAAGCACGUCCACUUACCAAACAUAUAACUAGAGUGCCACCCACAACUGCUUCACCAUUCUUUUUUACCAGUACUGACACAUGUUCAAGGACAACCCAGCACUUACCCAACAUCAACACCACCUCAAAUGUCAAACCAUACCGCCCAUGGACACAACGGGUUCCUCAAACAACUCCCAUGUAUAGGUAUGGCUCAGUCCUCUCAAAAACUGGCUUCAAAAUGAAGCAGGUUCCUAAACCAACCAUGAAAAAAACAUCCACCACUGCAAACGUACCUCAUGUGCCAUUAACUCACAUGAAGAAGACCUCUGCAACAACCAAGAAAAACAUUCCAACUGCUCGUGAUAUGAAAACCUCUUCCAGGUCCAAAGGAAGCCACUUUAAAAGCCAAAACCAGCAGCCAAGAAGUCUGCAAAGCAGUUCCAUCAGUGACCGAGGCAACCUGAUAACUAGAGAACCUGUUAAAAUGGAUACAUAUUGGAUUGUUGGUAACUGGAGUGAGUGUUCAACAACGUGUGGACUUGGAGCUGUAUGGAGAACAGUGGUGUGUAGUUCAGAGAAGGACGAGGACUGCGCCAACAUGAAGAGACCGGAGCCUGCACGAACAUGCCGCCUGCAACCAUGCGCUACCUGGAAAACUGGCAGCUGGAGCAAGUGUCCAGAAAACUGUGGGUUGGUUAGAAGGAGGCAUCGUGAUGUCCAGUGUGUGGAUUCUCAGAGCAAGCGUCCACUCAGACCUUUCCACUGUCAGACUGUGUCCAGCAGACCUUUAAGCUCCCUGGUUUGCCCCCACAAGCCGUGUAUGAACUGGACCGUGUCACCUUGGGGGCUGUGCUCUGGUAGCUGUGGUGAAGGCAUCAGAGAGCGACUGGUGUCCUGCCCAGAACCUCAUCGCUGCAGCUCCACUUUAAGGCCGAACAGUACAGAACAGUGCAGUUUAAAGCCCUGCGCACGUUGGAAAACUGAGGACUGGGAGGAGUGUUCUGUGAGCUGUGGUGAGGGUCAACAGCAGCGUGCUGUCAGUUGUGUGGGAGAAAAGGAUUCGGCUGUUGUGCCAAACCGCCUCUGUGCGAAGAUUUCAAAACCAGAAACACUCAGGAAAUGCAACGUACAGGAAUGCAAGAAAAGCUCAGUUUGCAGAAAAAACACCAUGUCCUCCCGCUUCUGUGACAAGCUGAAGCUGUUGGGUCGCUGUGUGCUAAGGUCGGUCCAAAAACAGUGCUGCUUUACCUGCAGAGUGACACCAAGACUGGAAUCAUCAUGACUGAUAAUAGUCCAACCCAACAGCCAUCCACAGACGCAGAAACCAAAGUUCUAAUAAAAUCUUUAGCAAGUCAAACUAAAUCAUUGCAAACAGGGAUGCUUCAGUGAUGUUUCAGAGGUCAACUGCAUUUCUCUUGUUGCUUCCUUCAUGUGUUUGGUAUUUGUUUAUCUGCUUUAGUAUAUUGUUGGAUCAUAACUAGAUAAUAUAAAAGGUCAAAACACUCACAGAGUAUAAUAGAUGUACCUGACCAUGACAGACAUUUUAGUAUCAAGGCAAUUUAUGAUAAAAAGCUAAAUAAACACUAUUGGGAAAGUACACAGCAGUGGCAUGAAGGUAAUUAGAUAACUAAUAAACACAACAAAAAAAUAGCAAAAAUGAAUACAUAAAAAAAGAUAUAAAAAAUUAUAAAAUGAAUAAUUAUAAAAAAAUUAAAAGUUGGUUUGCAAACAUAAAUGCCUCUUCAGUCUGCCAACAACACUUCCUCAUGCUGUUUUCACCUUAGUUGAACAACUGCUAUCCACUACAUUUUCACUUAAAGGUAUAGUGGAGGAUUUUUGCUAAUUUUUGAAAAAAUAUGCACAUGCACAACCCUGUACCUGCUCCUGAAAGGGAACACCUAUUAGACGCGUGUGAGAGUAUGCAUGAGCCCAUUUAUCCUCGGUUAUAAAGUUGCUGUUUGCAUCGCUCAUACAAGCUUACUUUCCAAAAGAAGAUUUGCAAUUUUUCCACUCUCUCAAACUCACCGCCGGUAAAUGGGGACGAGCACGUAGGACGGCCUUACGUAAAAAUAUCACCAGAAUGAUUGACAAUUAGGCAAACCACUUAUUUUGAUGAUUCACCCGGAAAAAGGACAUCCUCCACUAAACCUUUAUCCUGCUGGAUUAUACCCUACAUAAGUAGAAAUCAAAAAGAAAACCAGAACUGAAUGGAAAAAACAAAGAGAUAUCUUAACACAGUAGUACCGUAAUGCCAUUUUGAGUGUCUGUUAACCCUGAGAUGUAAAACAUCAAUGCUCAAAAAUCAGCAGCUUUCUAAUUAAUGUAUUUCCUUUUGCUUCUUCUUCUCCUCAUGAUCAGGCUCUGAUUUUCUACAUCACCGUCUAACAUAAAUUAUAUCACAGUGUGGUCAAGCACACAGUAGAGGGGGUAUGAGGUAUUAAUCAGGGCCUGGUUUUCACGCCAUGGCUUUCUAGAAUUUUGACAACGGGCAUAAUUUCUACACAGUUACAUUUACUUUUGUUGUAUUCCUGGGAAAAGGGGGGCUUGCUUUUAGCAGCCAGCUGAGCAGCUGAAACCUACAUUACUUUAUUCUCAACAGAGACGGAAACAAAAUGUGGUUACUCUAGCCUUUAAAAAAAGGACUUUAAACAGCAGGAACAACAUUUUGAGUGAUAAACUACAUUUUCAUAACCUUCUAAGCCAGCCAUGCCUGAUUAUGUCCCACCAGAUGUAAUUUCUGGGUCAAAAAUCCUUUCCAGUUUAAAAAGGUGCUCAGAUUAUGCUGCUCAUAAAUCAAGGCUAAGCAUUUAUACUUGUCAAAAUGAACUGCGGAGAGACUAUGCAUACAGAUUUUCUGUUAUUUAAAGCAUUUUGGAUGGACUGUUUCAAUAUUUUUCUAAAACUUGUUGAGUAGUUUUUUUUUUGUUUUUUUCAGAGUGAGCACUGUUUACUUACAGUUUGAUGUAGAGCUUUCUUUUUUUACUGUUGUUUAAAAUUGUUAAAUUAGCUGCAGAAUGUUGUGCUCUUUUAAAAAUAAGGAAGAGGUGUUGCAGGUCAUCCCUCCUCAGGUCACUUUUAAAACCCACUUGUAUUUGAAGUUGUCUACCAUUUCGUACAUCUUUGAUCUUUUCCCUGACUCCUCAUGGUAUUUUCCACUAUAACUCUAAAGUGGAGGAGGCUUGGAUAAACAUGAGGAGUAGGCAGUGGAGAUGACUAGUAAAAGAGGGAGAUGGAAAUGAGGAAAUGGAUGUCAAGGUAUGUCAUCUUUGGUGAUAUGCUGAAAUGCCAAAAGUAUUUGCUUGUCUGCUUUCACAGAAAAAUAAACACAUUUGAGUAGCAUCCCAUGCUAAGUCAAUUAUGCCAGCGACAACAGCUUCAACAUCUCUGGAAAAGCUUUCAGUGAUGUCAGGGUGCAUGUUUUGGGGAGUUUUUUACCAUACUCUCAUUAUCAAGGCCAGGCUGCUUUAACCCAAAGUAAUGAGGUGGAACUCUCCUGCAGGUAGUACUAUACAGUCUUUUUUUAUGUUUUGUCUGGUUAAGAUCUGUUUGAUUUGUAGGUCAUCCCUUUAGACUUAGACUAGACUUAGACAACUUUUAUUGUCAUUUUGUAUACACAGAGUAUAUACAAAACAAAAUUUUGUUUUGUACAGCUUGCAGACAGUAAAUUAGCAGCAGAUUAGCAGUGAAAUUAAGAUUUCCAUUUCAUAUAGUGUAGCAGCGAUUGAAUGUAAACAGCUUGGGAGAAAAACAUGGUGCGAAACGCAUUGAUAUGGAAGUCCAGAGCAGUGCAAAGACAAAUAUAUAUGGUGCAAAAAUGUUGUGGUGCAAAAAUGCAAAAAACAUUUUUUGAGUUGAGUUCCAUUUGGUUUGGUGUUAUCAGUGUGAUGAAGAGUCCAUUUGUUACUUGCUUUAGAGUUUUUUUCAACCGUGCAGCAGUCUGAUGGCAAUGGGGCAAAAGCUUUUGCAGAAUCUGCUGGACCUUCAGCAGAUGCUGCGAAGGCUCUUCCCAGAGAGCAGCAAGGAGAACAGUCCAUUGGUGGUUUGAAGGGUCACUGAUGAUGUUACUGGCUCGGGAUCCUUAUUGUCCCAAAAUCAGGAAAUUUGUCUUCUGUGUUCAACCUUCCCUUUAGGGAACAGUUUGCUUCCACCCUGAGUAGCUUUUGGUGGAGCGAUCUUGCUCAGGGAUCCAGACUGACAGUUAUAGUUUUGAAUCAGCAAUCUUACUGCCUCUACAGGCUGCAAACACACUGCUGUCCAGCCACAAGGCCAUUACUUCUCAUAUUUACUGUAGUUGGUGGGAAAUUUCACAACUGUUCCAAUUGCACAGGUAGAAUCUGUUCACUAUACUAAAGGAAUUCAUCAAACGGCCUAGAACGACAGAUUCUUUCGCAAAUAUUUGUAGGUUGAAUAAGUGCUGGAUUUUAUACACCUGGAACAUUAACGAUUUGGAUCGAUAGGCAAAUACUUUUGGCAAUAGGGUGUGUGUGUUUUGACUUCAUCGUUGUAAAUGUGAUCAAAAUAAGGUUUGAUGUUCAACUCUUUUGGAAAAGAUACAUCAAAUAAACUUUUGUUGAAGAAUUUUGAUUGUGCCUUUGUUGAUUUCAGUUUGUUCAACCAAAGAUUUUUAUUUAAUAUGCUAUUAAAUUUAAGUUUUACAUAUUCAUACAAGUAUCCAUCUGCAAAAUUUUCAUCUGAGAUGUUUACUCUGUGAUUUUAUUAUUUAGCAUAUAUU